AGAAAUCUGAUGUGAACUACAUGAGGAUCACGUCUUCGAUCCAACCGUGAUCGUGGAAACCUCAAGAGUCAAACGCCAACGCGGCGUCCCCGCCCGGGACGACCGCAUUCCUCUCUCCACCGAGUCGUCGUCGUUGAAUCUACGAUCCGUGUCAAGAAAAGGGCGACCCAACUGUUCCAACACCAUCUGCACGGAAACAAGCACCUUCGGCUCUUUACUACUGCUACUACGUUCAUUCGUCUCCAGUUCUAGCUUAGCUCAAGGAGUCGGAGAGAUAUCGAUAAGCACCGGCGGUGGAUGUCGGAGCCAGCUGAUCAGAUGAUGGGCGGCGGCCGCGGAGAUACGCCGGCCGUGAGUAUAAGCAGCAGGGAGAUGAUCGGGGCUGUCAUCUUCCUCUUCUUUGCCAUAGUCUUCUUUUUCUUCGUUUACCUCUAUGCCAGGCGUUACCUGCGUCGCCCCGAUGCGGCCCCCCGCGGCCGCUCCCGGGCGCGCUUCAUCUUCGUCGCUGCAGACCUUGGCCUCGGCCCCGACACCGGAGGCGGCCUAGACAGUGCCGCGCUCCGGUCGUUGCCGGUCACCGUAUACAGGGCGGCGGACUUCAAGGAGGGCGUCGAGUGCGCCGUCUGCCUCUCCGAGCUGGCCGAUGGAGAGGAGGCCCGGAUGCUGCCCAGCUGCAGCCAUGGGUUCCAUCUCGAGUGCAUCGACAUGUGGCUCCUAUCCCACUCCACCUGCCCGCUCUGCCGGACCCCGGUCGGCGUCGAACCUUCCAUGAACCCAGAUUCCGGCGCUGAAUCGACGCAAGCUCCACCGCCUGCUACUUCUCCGGUCCUCCCGGCAAACGUCUUGAUAUGGGGUAGCCAGAAUCAGGUGAAUGCAGGGAACUCAUGCUCACCGGAAGGGCCUUCGAGCUCUUCUGGUGCCCUGGCGAUUGAGAUACCAAGUAGGCUCGCCGUGGAAGUGACGAAAUCGCCAGUUUCAGCUCGGUUCAACUCACUGAGAAGGCUUUGGAGCCAGGGGAAGACGGCAGCUGGUUCUUCUUGUAGCCCAAGAGGAGGCGACAUUGAGCAGGGAUCGGAAUCAUCGACAGAGGGGAUCGUUCACCCUCCAAAAUCUCCGGCCAGCUCGUGAGUACCGUUCAUAGAGCUUCAAGUUGAAAGCUUAGAACUGCAGCAAAUGUAAGAAGAAAUGUCAGAUUCAUAGAUAAAUUUUUACUGUUACAUAUCAUCCUCAUUACAUUAAGGUGAUGACGAAUUCUUCUCAUCUCCAAACAAAGUCAACAGCUAAGUCUCUUUGAAUUCUUUUUGU